AACAGCAGCUCUGGGGCCGAUGGCUGAGCCCCAAUGGCAUCACCCAGCACUCUCGGGAGCCCACCUCAACCCCCUCACCCAGUGGUGAUGGGGCUCAGGGGGGGCUCACAUGGAGUAUUUACCCCUCCAUACCCAGGGCUGCUCUGCGUGCCCUCCUCACUAUGGGCCAACAUUGGUGCUGCCCAUGGGAGUGCAUGGCGCAGCAGGGUGCUGGGAACUGCGUGGGGGCUGCAGAUUUCCCAUCCCAGGACCCACCCAGCAGCAGAGAAACACCCCCCAAAAUAUUUAAAUGAGUGCGUGGAAGCGUCAUGGAACGCGGUGCCAUCACUGCUGGGGGCAAAGCGAGACCGCAUCCGGCGCCCAGCCAGCAAGCGCUGCUGCACCGGCUGCAGGCAGACACCCACUGAAAAUGCUGCUGGAGCAUCCCUGACAUCUGCAGAACAUCCCAUCCAUCAGCCCUGUGCCCCACAGGGAGGACAGAGGUGCGGAGGUCUCCACUCCCCAGGAACCUCAGGGACAUCGCUGACGGCGAAGAUGGAGCACUGCCAGUGGUGGGUGCCUGUUGUCACCUCAGCGGUGACCCUGCUGAUCUGCGCUCUGCUCCUGUGGGUGCUUUACAUCAUGCUCAGCAGGAAAAUAGACAGGCACUCCUGCAGCACGCAGGUGAGCAGCAGUCCUGCAGCACAGCCCCAGCAACCACCCAGCUCUUCAGCCAGAGGGGAAGGGGUGCAACGACCGGAAUAUAUGGGGAGCAGCGAGACGUCUUCAGAGACCUCAGAGGACUCGGACAGCAGCUCACUGCACCCACAGGAGCGUCGCAAGGAGGAAAACCUCAACUACACGUCCGUGCUGUUCUCGGGGAAGGGCCACGGGCCAAGCUCCAAUACGAAAUACGAGAACAUAAAGACCGGUGCAGACUACGUCAACGUGGACCCAAAAAAGAAGAAAGCGGAUUUCUGGAGCUGCUCCAGCCCCGUGGCAUCCAAAUCCAUCGAGUACACGGAGGUGAAGCUGUGAUGCUCCCCUGGGUCCCUCUGCAGCCGUCACUCCGUGCCCAGGUCAGUGCCCGGCACAGGGCUGCUGCUAUUCCCUGUGACGGCGCAGCUCACCCAGGGAUCUCUCGGGGUCGGAGGCUGUGGGUGUGGGGUGGUGUGGGGCUGCCCCACACCUCGCUGUGGGGAAACUCCCCCUCCCAGACUGACACGAGCUCUGCACAUGUAUGUGAAUGCCGUUUUCUCAUCUUGUGAAAGCAAACGCUCUCCCAGUGGGAUGUAGGUCAGGGAGGGAAAUGCAAUCAUUUCCAAAACA